AUGGCGAUGACGCUGGCGGUGCGGCGCCGUGCGGUGUGCGCCCUGGCGCUUCUCGCGCUUCUCUGCGGCUGCUGCGCCCCCUCCGUCUGCGUGGCAACGACGGCGGCUAAAGUGAACGUGUCGGUGGAGGUGUCGUGCCCGAACGAUGCGAAGAAGUUGCGUUGGCGCGUUGCCGGCAAGAGUAAUUCUGCAGCCUGGAAGGAGUGUCCGCAGGCAGUGGAGGGUGCGCAGAGCAGUGAAAGCGCUGCUUACGGUAAUGUCCUUUGCCUCUUGGCCGGAUCGGCGUACCUGGAGAAGUUCCCGGCGGGGAACUGCCGUGCAUCUCAGCCAACGGAGGGCACAGACGCUGUCGCGUUCAGGUUGGCCUGUACGGCGGCCGCAAACAGUGCGCUGCACAAUCUGACGAAGAGCGAAGGUGGCAGCAUCACUGAAGCGGAGAAUCCACUGGGCGCGUCAGACGAGUGUGAGUACCCAACCCCGAGCCAAAACCGCGGCUG